GCGAACACUUUAGGUGGAGAUUUUGGUAGCUGCAGUGCGUGUGUACGAUAAUCUUGUGAAAAAUUGCAAAUUUAUUAAAAAAAUUAACAAAUUUUGAGAAUGCCAACUGCUUUGGGAGCGGCUUUGGCGAUGGGAAGGAUUUGCCUGAUAUAAUGUCUGAUACCUUCAAAAAUCAGCUUGUCAAUAUGGGCACUCGCGCAGCUGCUUUUCAAGCAAAAUUGCGAUGUCUCCAUGAUUCGCAUGUACGCCUGCUACAAAAUACCCAACCCACGCCCUCUGGCGUCGAUAUUGCUAACAAUAUCAAAUACUUUUCACAAACCCUACUAACUGUCCUUAAAGAUGUACGUACCUCACCACACGAACUUAUACGCGACCCCUCCGAGGAUCCCACACGCAUGUCAGCCUACCCAAAUCUCGAAUAUGGUAACCUUUAUAAUGCUCUCACAAUGCUCAUUGAUGUGGCACCGUGCAUACAAUAUGGACAAAUCGUGUUUGGAAAGGCUCUGUUGCAGUGUCUUUGCUGCAUACUACCUUUUCUAGAUAAGGAUUUAAUUGACAAUUUACCCUAUCUGGUCAGCUCUACUAUGUCUGUACUACCACCAGCUCUACACCAAGAUAUCGUUAAUGCACUAUGCUAUUAUAUUCUACCAUUCACUAUAACCCGACGCAGCGCAGAUGAACAAGAAUGUCAGGCAUGUCAGGCAGUAUCUUCGGUCAUUAUGAUGGUUCUUCAAUAUUCUCAUAAUCCCGCACACCACUGUCAACUGCUAGAAUGUCUGAUGACACUUAAACACAAUGUUGUCAAGGAUAUACUUUGCGUUAUCGCUUACGGCACCUCUAUGUCACGCUCCUCAGCAGCCAAACUGCUUUUCUACUAUUGGCCCGCUUUCGAUCCCAACCUAUUCGAUCGUAAAGUUUUAUUGUCGAAACUAACAAACGACAUGGUGCCCUUUGUAUGUCAAUGCGAACAAUGCCCCAAUGCUGGCAAUGCUGAGGCGGCCAAAGUUUGUUUUGAUCACAGCAUCAGUAUUAGCUAUGCACCCGACUGUCCGCCCCCACUUUAUCUUUGCAUCGAAUGCGCCAAUGAGAUUCAUCGCAAACAUGCCAACCUCGAGUUCGGCGACAUUCUCCAUCCAAUGCAGCAAGUCUCUAUGGUAUGUGAGAAUAAGAAUUGCCGUUCGACCGAUAAGGCAGCCUUCUCGAUCUGUUUCUCUACCGAGUGUGCUAGCUAUAAUGGAAAUCACCCGAUACGUUACUGCUCGCUGUGUCACAGCAAUCGACACAAUUCGCGGCGUGGUGGCGAUCAUGUGGUCCAUCGUAGUCUCCAAAUUAUUUGGCAAAUGGAUCCAGAGAUACAGAUGCACAUGGUGGAGUCCGUGAUUAGUUUGUUACGCGAGGCUAAACCGCUCAAUUUCGAGCCCGGCAAGGAUGGUUCAGAUCCAAAGAAGAACGGUGGUACCGGUACACCGGAUACCAUAACGUUGGAAGAGCGUCAAAUGUUGGGCCGUUAUGGCAUCUGGUUAUUGGUGGGUCGUUGCACACCGACACCCGAAAUGCCAGUGGAGGUAUUAGGACGCAUACUCAGUAUGCUCUUCCAUUGGUUUCACGUAACAGCGUGCUCAUAUGAUGUAGCAAGCCAAAUCGAGAGCACCAUCGAGAAGCUUAAGGUGGAGCACGUCUGCAAUUGGCUUAAGGAGAUUUGUCGCAUACAUUACAAUAUCUUUAUCUCUUGUUUACUACCACAUCCGCCAGAGUAUGCGCGUGUGGGCGGACACUGGGAGACGUUAGCUUCGCGAACUAGCCACCUGAAAGAAGGUCUGCAACGUCUCAUAUGCCUGGUACCCUAUGAGGUCAUUACUUCUGAAAUCUGGGAUUAUGUUAUGCCACACUGGAUGGAGGCUAUCACGAACGAUGUAGGCGAAAAGGAGUUGAAUGAGCUAAAAAUUGUGCUCAGCAAAAUACUCGAUCCGGAAAUGUCACCACUCGGCUUCGAUGCUAAAACUAUGUACAACUUUGUGGCGAUACGGUUCGAGAAGACCACAGCUAAAGUGCAACAACAAGCUUUACAUUGGUUACAGAUACUCACAAAGUUGGGAAUUCUAAUACCACUGGUACAGUUGUUCGCUAUGUUCGGCGAUGGUGUUCGUAUCAUGAAAUAUGGCGUGCAACAUGAGCUCAUGCGCGAAAAAGAAGGACAGGCUAAGGGUCCAAAAACCCCCUUGAAGGAGACGAAAAACGAAUUGGGUAAUCCACCACGCCGAAGUUCGAUUUCUCCAGUAGUUGAAGACGACUCGGGCAAUACAUCCGCCAUUUCGGAUGAUGAAGCACCUUCCAAUCGUCACACAGAAUUUUCUACAGAUGCCGAGCACAAUCUCACAUGUUGCAUUCUCAUGUUGGAUAUCUUGUUGAAGCAAAUGGAAUUGCAGGAUAUUGAACAGCACAUGGGCAUACAUACUAGCGUCUGUGAGAAUGUAUCACGCUUGAUCAAGUGCAUGGUCACGGCGGCACGUGUGGGCUUGAGCAGUCACGUCUGCUCACUUAAGGUGGCUGAGUGUGCUUAUUGUGAGGCAUCCAUUAUGUGGCACCAACUGGCGACAAAACUGGUACAAUUUAUGGCACCACUGAAUCCUGUACGCCCACCAGAUAUUCCCAUCGAAGAUAUCAUAGAAGAGGAAAAAUCCUCACGCAAGAGUCCCCCCGAGAGUGAUAAGGAGAAAUCGCGUGAACGCGAUGUAUCACUAUCAAUGGCACCACUGCCCAUACCUUUGGGUCCGCUAGGCGGUUUUGCAGACAUCUUAAAGCUAGAUCAAUUCUUUUCAGACGAUGGGAAGAUUAUAAUUAUGGCAGGACCGGUGCCAGUAGCAGUGCCACAGCCGGAACCACACUCUGUAGGCGGUGUACUCGUUCACAUGCCACACGUUUGCUCCAAUAACGAUAAUGGGCAUUCAGUUGAUAGUAUUGAAUUGAGAAAAGUUCACGCCACAGACGAGAUUAUGACCGCAACAGUGGAAACAGUUUCCGAACAAUUGGAUUUAGCUUCCAUCCUGCCGGCGGAUAGAGCUAUAGCACGUUCUAUAACGCUCUCCGAUGCAGAUGUUGGUAGUGCCAAUGUUAGCGUAACCAGAGCCUCAGUGCUUGGCGAAAAUGGCGGAGCAAAUGGUAGCACUGGUGGUGGUGUAGGCGAAAAUGGCAGCGUAUCCGAUGAGGAGGAGGAAGAGGAAGAGGGUGAAGAUUUUUGGCAUACUUCGGUUGGUAAAUUUAAAUUUACAUUGGAUCAACUACCACAAACACUACAAUAUAUACACCAGCUAUUAACGGAAAUUCCCACUAUAAAGAAACCUGAAAUUCUAUAUUACAUUCUACAAUGUCUAAAUGUAAUGGCACUCCAUGGUGACGCUCUAGCUAAAGCGGCACGCGAAUAUCGCGGCUUUUUCAUAUGGUGUCAAGAAAAUCUACUGAUUAAAAACCUUUGGGGGCUUUGCAUCGCCGAGCAUUCCCACAUCUGCCAAGCAAGCGUACCACUACUGCUACAUUGUAUCACACUCCCACUGGGCUCGGAUGUAUUUUGGCGUGUCGUGCAGGAAGCAUUUCAUGACACCGACUGGCGCAUCCGAUUCACAGCAGUUGAGCGAGUUACCGUAAUUACCCGUUUCAUGGACUCGACCCCCUUACGCACCGAAGUCGGACUGCAGACGGCGCUCGCUACCGCAUUUUGUCAUCUGAUCGCCAGCAUGGACGACAUUAAUGUGUAUGUGGCGCAGCGGGCGACCCUCUAUAUUGGCACCAUACAUGACACGGCAAUUCGGUCACUCCUCUUUUGCUUGGAAUCGCAAUUUGAUUUGUUUAUCGUAGACCGACCGGUGGUGCUGCAAUCCGUCUACCAGUUGCACAACUCGCUUUCGGAUCGAAAAAUCCUCACCUGGGAGUUCUUUUUAAAUCGCUUCGAUACGCUCUUUGUGGAGGCGCAAAUUAAUUUGGAGAAAUGUGGUGAUAUUUCAUAUUUGCGUGAUUUACGUAAUUCGGAGAAUGGCAGUGAGGCGCUAUCGUCUAAAAUAUUGAAAGCGCGUGAGGCAUUGAGUCAAUCAGACACCAGCGGUAGUAUGGCAAAAACGCUAAGCGCCUCGUUUGGUACUAAAUGGCCGUACAAGCGCACUAUGUCCGCACCGGCAAGCAUGAUACCACGUCAAGACUCCAAAUUUAUGCCUGAGAAGGAGAAGAUUUACAGUCGCCAAAUAUCUGCGCCCAUACUCAAGCGGAAAACAUCACGUUUCGGUUUGGGUCAGUUUUUAGGCUCUAGUGGCAACCAAGCUAAUGUUUCUAGUCAUAGUUAUGUAACCACUAGUCAUCCACCCACCCAAUAUCCCCGUGCCGGCCACGCCCACUCCCAUCCACAUGCUUACCCUCAUACCACACAACCCACAACAUCUUCGAAACAUCAUUCCACAGCUGCGGCUGCCCCACAACCCUGUCCCAUACAUAAUCCCGCAACAUCCGCGUCACAUAGCAAUUUCUUCUUCUCCUCCAAUUCACCAUCUACUUCCACCAACACUUUUGUUGCGCAUUUUGCGCAUUUCACCGGUAGUAGUGCACAUCCACCACCAACAUCACAACCACAAUCUAUAGCUACAAUAUCAACGUUAGCUUCCUCAGCAUCUCAUAGUCAGAGCCAUCAGUAUUUAGUACAUUGCGUAGCGCCCACACCUAGUCAAACGUUCACAGCACAUAGUCCAUUGCCGACGUUGCGGGAAGCAGAGCCGCCGCAAACGAGCGUACAAAUGUUGUCAACACAAAAGACGUCACUACCUCCACACCAGCCGCAUCACACCUCCUAUCAUUCACACUUUCAAAAGCAUCCAUCCGCACCGAAUCUGUUGCCACCGCCAUCGGCAACAGCGGCCCUCAGUCCCAGUCCCACAACGACCAACAAUCCGUUGCUUCACUGCACUUGUGGCGUUGCUUCAGGCGGUGUUGGUGCUGUUGCUGGUGUUAGUGGUAGUGGCGCCACCACCGUAAAUGCGCCUAUAUCGGCAUCGGCUCACCAAGACGGACAUAUUCACUCGCUGGGUGGCAUUAAUGAUGACAACCUUAUUGGAUUGCUAAGUCGCAUUACCGAGCUGGAAGAGUCCGAUCGGGAAACCAUACAUUUGCUCGUUUUUCUGCUAAUGCAGUUCAUGUCGCGCACCGAUCAGGCAUUCCCCUCGGAAGAUAAACCGAUAUCCAAGACACAAAAUAUUGUACUCAAACAUUUAUUUUUGCUUUUGGGUCACAAUCAGAUUGACAAAACUUUCCACACAACGCCGGAGAAUCUACGUGUUUCAGCGGUCUUCAAUGCAUUCCUCGCAAAUCUACCACAAGUUUUGGAUCAAAACCACUUGAUUGGCGGUCUUAUACUACCUUCGGUAAUGCAGAUCAUAUUGUACGCACCAAAUCCCAGUAAUACGGCUGCCGAUUGCUAUCAAAAUUUGGUUUUCAAUUAUUCACUUUGGUAUUUGGAGCAAUAUCCACGUCGAAAUUGGAUGUUUACUAUACUGGUGGUGCUCUACAAGUAUUCCUACACUCAACCACCGUACAGCGCGUACGUGAUUUCGGCAAUGCGCAUGGUUAUGAAUAGUUUGCGUAAUCAUUUCCAUCAAUGUCGCCGCAUACCGACCACCACCAUAUUGGAUAUACAAGGCACAUCGCGUUCGCGCGACGUUAGUCAACCUUCUUUGGGUACAGAUCCCGAUGAGAAAGAUCCUAGUCCACCAGCCAGUCCAAUGUUUCCUUCGGAAGGUACAAGCGCCGCGUCAAAAAGUAAAGGCCAAAAUGUCGCUUUCACUCCAAAGCUACAGCAUGCAUUCCGCAAGUACAAUGACUCUAGUUUGGAGGCGGAUGAGACGGAAUCUGAACUGGUGGCAAUACCGGAAAGUGAUUUGUCGGACAGCACAUUGCAUGGCAGCAGUGCACCGGGUUCUUUUGACGAUACCGUACACUUUGAGGAAACAUCGUUAACAAAGGGCGAUAUGCAAAGAGCACGAACAGCGCGUACCGUUGACUAUGAAGAGAAAACAACAAAGGCACAACAUAAGUCGUUAAUUACUACCAAAACUGGAGACACCUACACUACGAAAAUUCGAACUACCGGCGGUCAGGAAGCUGUUAGUACCACUGUUGUUACCACACAAGCGCGUCAUAGUCUCCAAGAAGGUGUGCGCAUGAUAGUUACCCCCCUCGUAGGCAGUGAUACGGCUGCCGAAACCGCCAUUGUUAGUCCACCAGUUGAUGUGCACCGCGCUAUUACAGUCCGAAAUAAAUCGUUAGAUAACGCUGCCACUUCGACCUCGAAGAUGUUUGCUGCAAUUGCAACAAACCAUCUUAAAGCAUUGGGUGCCCUACAAGAUAUACAAGCCAAAUCUAGCGAUAGUAACUCUAAAUCACUGACACCCACUAAUGGCAAUCGCUCGACGAAUAGCAGCACUGAGAACUCGGGCAAGUGUCCACAACAACUACCACCAAAUACUUCUCAGCACGUACAAAACCAACAGCAGCCAUCACAUCAUCCGCCUUCUCAUUUAAAAAAGCCUAUUGGCCGGCACAAGACUAUUGUCGAAUGUAGUGCUGGCACUUCGUCCUCAUCGACUGGCACGGAUGACUCACGACUCAGCGCCAAUCACAAGAAACCAGCCGGCAAAUCGCUAAAACGUUCGGACAAAGCAUACGGCUCCCCCGAUUCACCGCUCUCCAAAAUGAACGUCAUGCCUAAUCCAGUCGAUGAAGUGGACACCACAAAAUUACCGGCACCAAAAAGUAUAGCAGCCCUCGAAAUACCCACGCCAGAACGUUUACUGCCAAUUGGCACACAUGAGUCGAUUGGUGGCUUAAUCGACCGUUUGCGCGACGGUCUCAACUUACCGGAUAUAAGUCAUUUGAAACAAGAUAGCCUCGAUGUAUCAGACAGUACUAAAGAUGACAUAACACCCAGUAGUCGUACUACAUCACCACGUCGUCUCAUCAAACAAGUAGCACUGGAAUCGCCACCAAAUGCGAGCAUUACCGGGCAACAGGAUCUGCAUUCUUCCAUAUUAAAAAGCGUUACACAAGAGGUGAAGACAACAACCAGCGCUACGGUUACUGCAAGCACAAGCGGUAUGCAUACAGCAACUAAACCAGAAGCUCCUAAACGUCCACGUCAGAAAUUGGCUCCCUUCAAUAUGGACGCUAGUGCCAUGCCGGAUAUACGUUCACGCUUCGCUGGUGCAUGGCCACCGCCACCAUAUCAACCCGCUGAAGAGCUAGACGACGAUCUGGAUGAUGGCAUUGAAAAUGGUAAUGGUCAUAUUAGUGCAGCAACGCAGCCGAAUCGGGUGAGCACUAGACGCGUUGGCGAUUAUACGAUUUGUGACCGUUGUAGCGACUGUGGUGCCCUAAUCGAAGAGUAUACCGACGAGGAUAUUGGCAUACUGAUAGUAAUAUUAGGAACUUUCAUUCAUCGCGAACCGGCAAUGGCAGCACCGUUUCUACCUGAGAUACUGACCAUAAGCUCAAGAAUCUGCUUGACAUCUACGCACUCCUGGCAGGGUGAGAAUGGACCGGCAUUGGUUUGCAGCGCUCAGGCUGUGUCGCUGCAAUUCAUACGCUGUGUUCUGCAUCAGCUGGCACCCAACGGUAUUUUUGUGCAAGUUUUCCAAACUCAAGUGAAGAUGAAAGUGCGCCACAACUCGUUCCGCAGUAUUGCACGCGCUCUACAGGACUUUCAGGAGCUCAAUGCCACACAUCCAAUUUAUAUGGUCUGCGAAUCACUACAAUCGAAGAAAUCGCUACCGGUCGAACAGUUGCCGGUAAUCUUUCGCAACAUGGCCGAGUAUUUGCAUUGUGUGCCAACGGAAUUGACCACCGGUCCAGGUGUUUGGCAGCAGGCCAUGCAAGCAAUGGAAUCGCUAUUGCGUCAAGUAAUUGUGUUGCUACCAAAUCUGGCAAAUCCCGAACAUCUGCUCGACAUAAUGGUAGCCACUUUGAAGAUGAACAUUGUGCCAAAGACACUACUUGAUCCCUACUCGAAGAUAAUUGGCUUUUGCGUGCAGAAUACGAAUUUAGAGUACCACUCUUUGUAUGAACUGUGCACACUCAAUAUGCGUUCGUUUUCCAAGGAUCGCGAUAAGAUGCUGCUCUGUCGUCAAUUGAUUUUCGAGUUCGUACAGGCAUUGAAGUUCAAAACUAAUAUACCCGAUAACAACUUGUUGAUGAUUAUCGGCUUUGUGCUGCAUGAUGCUGGUGGUACGCUGCCGCCGGGCACUAUAGCUGGCUUGCCAGAGACUCCGCCACCCUUGACUACGAAUGCUGCGGAUUGUAUGCGGCAGUACGUCAACGAUGUUAUAGAUUUCCUAGCCGACUUUCACACACUGAGUAAAAUUAAGAACUUCACAAAUGGACAGAUACAAAAUGGACUUGGCGAAGACACGCUGGGUGGCGUUUUGAAGGGAGCUGUGGCACAAUACCUCGCGCUGGAAAUGUCACGCGGCAACGCACGUGACAAUAAGAGCAGUUCGCGUUACUUGCCCUGGUUAAAUAAUGCACCCUCGUCGCUACAGCAAGGUCCCAAAGAAUUCACGGAAUGCGUUGGCCACAUGCGUCUACUCUCCUGGCUGCUGCUCGGCUCACUUACACACUUGGCGUUAACACAGCGCCGUAAUGAACGUCACGCCAUACCCAUACCGCCACAACAGGUACCACCAACCGUACCACCGGCAGCAGUGCAUUACCAGCACCAUCAUCAACAGCCCAGCGGCAUGGCAUCAUUUGCAAUGCCUGUCUCUCAGGAGUCAUCUUGUCACAUUGCCGAUCACAUUCAGGUGAUUUUUGCCGGUUUCGCCGAACAGUCGAAAACAUCGGUGUUGCAUAUGUCAUCACUCUUUCACGCCUUCACCCUGUGCCAGCUAUGGACUGUGUAUUUGGAGCAUGUUGCACGCUCCUCCAGCAAUGCAGAAGGCAACACCAUGGGCGUACUCUUUGAGUUUUGGGCCAAAGUUACACCGUGUAUUUUGCAGUUGGUUUCACAUGCGCGUCCACCAAAAGAGAGUUCCGGUAGUGGCAUCGGUGGUGCAGGCAUAGCCGAUUUUACUCAGAACCCAAAUGCAAAAAGUCCCAAUGCAAAGCUCUCCGAAAUGGUGAAUCUUCAUUUUCUUAGCCUUCUCGAAGCUCUCAAGGAAACUAAUUCAACAAUUUUAGGCAAACUUUUGCCGCUAUGGAGUCCUGUCUUGUCCUCACAAACACAGCUGUCUAAAACGCUACACGUACGAUUGCAAAAUGUACGCGAUAAUGCGCCCGACUAUGAGGAGCAACAAACACACCCUUCGGACGCUUUGCUCAAAUGGCUGCAACGGCUGCAAUUUAAAAUGGGUCAAAUCGAGCUCCAAGCCUCAACAGCAACGCAAUUUUAUUCCAUCUAAAAUAUAUACCAACUAUGUGUUAUAUUAGAAAUUCUAUAGUAUUGUAUACUUUAUUGAGACCAGAGCCCAGCUUUUAACAAUACAUACAUAUAUAAGUAGAAAAAUAUUAAUUGUGUUUGCUUAAAAGCUGCACCUUAAAGUCUUAAUAACUUAAGCGAAAUCUUAAAUGUUACAUAACUUAAUUACUUAGUGUCUACAUACAUACAUAGUUGUGUUGUUGAAUGUUGAACCUUGAAACUUCGUUUACAAAGAAGAGAUUAAUAAAUUAACGUUCAAAUUA